UUCAGUUUUCGUGCUAAGACUAACUGGCUAUUCGGCGGCCAGUGGUCGCGGAUAUUGAUAUUCGGUAUUUUAUUGUCGUCCCGCCGCCAGCCAAACGGUAGAUAAAAUUUAGGUAUGGUUGACGAUUUCUUCAAUAUAGUGCCGUUGAACCGAAACUGAUGACGAAUGGCGUUCAUUUUGUUUUCAAAAACUCGGCAUUGAUACCUUCGUCGUCGCCGAAAAUUCGAAAUGCACAACGACGAUAGGACACGGUUUUAAAUAAGUACUACUUUUAAUUAUUAUUUCAACGUUGUCGAAGAGGCAAUUCGAUCUGAAGACAACCCUAUGUCCCAAUGCCAAUAAUGAUUAAAAUGAUGAAUAUUGACACAAAUUCCUCUUAACUACGGUCUUCAAGAGUGGCACAGGUUUAUCACUGAAUCGACCUCUUUUUAAGUACACAAACACAAAUAUCUUCGAGUAAUAUGGCUUCUGCUUUAGAAGAAAGAGAAGAACUAAGUUCAAAAUGUUUUAUAUGCAAUGUCAAAGUUACUACUCGUUCAUCAUACAAUAUUUAUUGUACUUUUAUGCCUCAAAGAGAGUUAUUGUUAAUAGAUGUCAUGUCUAAAAUACUUAAAAAGGUUUUAAAUCCUUCUCAAAUGAGAAGCUCGCUAUUGUGUCGAAGGUGCUUUACACUUUUUGAUGAGUUAGAUCAGAUAUCUACACGUUUCAAAAAGCUUCAAACUGACAUUAUUAAACGUUACACUUCUACUUGUAACGAAUAUAAAGAUGAACAUUUUUUUAAAAUUGUGAAUAGUAUGACUCCAAUAAAAAUUGAAGAACUUUCACACAGUGAACAAGAAAAUGAUAACAAAUCCUUUAAUGAUGAUGAUGAAAAUAGCGAAAAAUCAUCCAUAGCUUUAAAUGAGAUUGUUGAUAAUAUCAUCAGUAGCAUACAAGCUGAUGAAACUAUGGACAACGAUGAAGAUAUUAAAGAAUGUACUUCUGAUACUUCAAAAGGUAAAAUUGUACAAAUUAAUGAAAAGGUUACAGAACAUAUUGAUGCAGUAGAUAUCCCUUUAUCUGUUGUUGAAAAACCAACCUGUGAAACAAAAUCAAGGAAACUAAGUGUUGAUAAUAAUUACAAAUGUGAGCAAUGUGAUGAUUCUUUUCUUCAAGCUUCAGAUUUAAAGAAUCAUUUUAAUAUGGUUCAUAAAAGUCCUAAGUGUUUCUUUUGUUCUGUUUGCGAUAAAAGUUUUUCAACUAAACAAGCAUUAAAUAAUCAUUUGUCCAAAGAACAUAACACUUCAGAUAAAAAGAAAAUUAAUGAUCAAGUUGAUUCAAUUUCUCCAGCAGUUAAAACUGAAAAUGAAACUGAUUCAAACAUAGUCAGUGAAGCUAAUACUGAUUAUAUAAAUGAUGUUCCCGAAGGUGUGGUAAUUGACGUGAAACCUGAAUUUUCCAUUGAUAAUAGCAUGUAUUUAGAGGAAGUUGUACAAGAAGAAAAUGAAGAUGAUGAUUUUGAAUGGAAAGAAGAACAACAACUUAACUAUAUUGAAGAAAAUAUCGUAGAAGAUAGUUCAAGUGCAAUUGAUGAAACAAUAACCCCUUCAUCGGGAUCAGAAAAAUCUGAUAAAAAACAAAUAAAAAAAGGGCGAAAAAAAAGGGGUAGCUCACGUUCUGGUGAACGUGCAUGUUUGCCAGCUAUACAUAGUUGUAUACUUUGUGGCAAAAAAUGGAGGACAGUCACAGAGUUAAAAUCUCAUGUACAAUCUCAUAGUUCUCUUAGGCCUUAUGUCUGUGAGAUAUGUGGUCAAGCAUAUAAAAUGAAAAAAGCUUUAGACGUGCACAUUGGAAUGCACAAUGGUAUACAUCCUUUUACUUGUGAAUACUGUAAUAAGUCUUUUACACAAAAAGUUGGUCUACAAAAACACAUUCCCAUCCAUACUGGUUAUACACGGUUUCAAUGUGAUUUGUGUGGGAAGCGAUUUAUUCAUCAAAAAAGUUUUCAUAUACAUACAAUGACUCAUACAGGUGAAAAACAUGUUAAAUGUUCUGAAUGUGGUUUGGCUGUUUUAUCUCAAUCACAUCUUAAGCGACAUUUAAGAGUUCAUACUGGAGAGCGACCAUAUGCUUGUCCAAUAUGUGGCAAACGUUUUGCAGAAAAGUAUAACAUGAACGCUCAUGUGCAUAUUCACGAAAAUAACUCAGGAAAUGCACCAAGAAGAAAUAGAAAUCAUAUAUGUCAAUUGUGUGGUAUGAGUUAUGAUCGAAAACAUAAACUUGAAUAUCAUUUAGCUUCAGCACAUAAUAAAAUUGACAGUAAACUUUCUCAAGAUCAAGAAUUGGUGCAACUACAACAACCAAAAAUUGAAUACUUUCAAGAAAAUUCCCAAGGUCAUCAAAUCAUCAAUGUGGAUAAUAAUGCUAUUGAACACAAUGGUAGCACUACAAUGAUAACAGUUAGUGGUGUCAAACUUCCAAUAUCUUUAGAUGGUGCUCCAAUUAUGGUUACUACGAUGCCACAAGAACCCCAUACUACCAAUCUUGUACCGCUCAACUUACCUACAGGUUCUCUUCUUACUUACAGGCCAUCAAACACAAAUAAUAAUAAUGAUCAACAGAUGGUUGAUGGUUCACAGAACUCUUAUAUGUCACAAAAUCCUGUUACAAUACAAUUGUCUUAA